AUGUGGAUGAGAAUACUUCUGGGUGUUUUUCUCUUUCAUCUGUCUCUUUCUCAGUCACCAAAAGUGCAGUACGUCCUGCUGGUCCCUUCUGUUCUACAAGAAGGCUCUUUGGAUAAAGCGUGUGCCCAGCUUUUUAAUCUUACUGAAUCUGUUGUUCUGACUGUCUCUCUCAACUAUGGUGAGGUCCAGACCAAAAUAUUUGAAGAGAAUGUUACAGAAGAAAAUUUUUUCAAAUGUGUCAGCUUUGAGGUUCCUCAAUCCAGAUCUGACCCACUGGCUUUCAUUACGUUCUCUGCUAAAGGAGCCACUCUGAACCUGGAAGAGAGAAGGUCUGUGGCAAUCAGUCACAGGGAAAAUGUGGUGCUUGUGCAGACAGAUAAACCCGUGUACAAGCCUGGACAGAAAGAUGUAGAUACUUAUGCACAGUCUUUCUUCUCGUAUACUUUUACUUACCCAGUGAUCACCAUUAAGGAUCCACGACAUAACCGAAUACAACAGUGGCUGAAUGAGGAGUCUGUGAGCGGUAUCGUACAACUCUCCUUCCAGUUAAUCUUGGAGCCCAUCCUUGGAUGGUAUGAAAUCACUGUGGAGAGUCUCUCUGAGAAGAAAACAUAUCACUUAUUCUCUGUGGAAGAAUAUGUGUUACCCAAAUUUCAAAUGAUUGUGGAUGCACCAGAAAAUAUCUUAGUUGUGGACUCUGAAUUCAAAGUUAAUGUCUGUGCCUCAUAUACCUAUGGCGAACCUGUGGAAGGAAAGGUUCAACUUAGCGUGUGCAGGGAUUCUACUGCUUAUGGUGCUUGUGGACAUCUUCCCUAUUCACUGUGUAAAAAUUUUACCACUCAGUUAGGGAAAGAUGGAUGUGUCUCCCAGUUUAUCAGCACCGAUGCUUUUGAGUUAAAUCGAGAAGGAUACUGGAGUUACCUUGAAGUGCAUGCUCUUGUCACAGAACAUGGAACAGGUGUUCAGCUUACAGACUCCCAGAAGAUAUAUAUAGACUCAUCGAUGGUGAAGAUUAGAUUUGAGAAUAUGGAUACAGUCUACAAACAGGGACUCCCUUAUUUUGGCCAGAUCAAAUUACUUCAUCCAGAUGACUCUCCCAUCCCAGAUGAAGUUAUCCAGUUGUACCUGCAGGACAAACUCGUGGGCAACUACAGCACAGAUGUCAAUGGCACUGCUCAGUUUUCCUUGGACACAUCUAAGAUUACGUACCCAAAUAUCACUUUGAAAGCAACCUACAAAGCCAAUGAAAAUUGCAAAGCUCGUGGCUGGGUGUUGCCUCAAUACUCUCAGCCAGAAUACUUUGUGCGCCGAUUUUACUCCAAGACUAAGAGCUUCCUGAAGAUUGUCCCAGAGAUGGAAGAACUGAGAUGCAACCAGCAGAAGUGGGUAAUGGUGCACUACCUUCUCAAUAUGGAAGACUUCGAAGACAAAACCUACACAGCAGACUUCAAUUAUUUGGUGAUUGCAAAAGGCAUAAUCGUUCUUCAUGGACAAGAGAAAAUCAAGGUCAAUAAUGAUGUUUCAUCUUUUCUUUUCACAGCUAUGAAGGGCAUGUUUUCCAUCCCUAUAGAGGUUAGCCCUGAGUUAGCGCCCUCUGCGGUUGUGCUUGUCUACAGCUUGCAUCCUGGAGGAGAAAUGGUCACUGAUAGCUCCCGAUUCCAAAUUGAGAAGUGCUUCCAAAAUGAGGUCAACUUAAAUUUUUCUAAAGACAAAAGUUUGCCAGGAUCCAAUAUCAGUCUUCAAGUUUCAGCCGCUUCAAACUCUUUUUGUGCUCUUUGGGCUGUAGAUCAAAGCAUAUUGCUACUAAGGAAUGACAAUCAGCUAUCAGCACAAAGUGUAUAUAAUCAGCUAUAUUACAGGGAGUUACAUGGCUAUCAUUUCGAAAGACUUAACUUAGAAGAUGGCCCUAAAAUGCCAUGUCUCAAAAAUGAACAAAUCCUUUACAAUGGAAUUUAUUACACACCUGUAUGGGCUGACUUUGGAAAAGAUGCCUAUGACCUUGUGAAGGCAAUGGGAUUAAAGGUCUUUACCAACUCUCAUCUUCGGAAACCAGAACUGUGCAAGGAUUCCGCACAUCCUGACAGUGAUGAAGACACCAACUACUCAAAGAUAAUUUUGACUUCAGGUGUCGAUUACGAUUUUGGUGGAUUUUACAGUGAAACUCUGAGGAAAACAUUUCCUGAAACUUGGAUUUGGAAUCUUAUCACAACUGACUCCACAGGAGUAGCCAACCUUAGUCUUACUGUUCCCGAUACCAUUACACAGUGGAAAGCCAGUGGAUUCUGCAUGAAUGACAGAGCGGGAUUUGGCAUCUCCCCAACCAUCUCUCUGAAGGCUUUUCAGCCCUUCUUUGUGGACCUCACCCUCCCCUAUUCAGUGGUUCGAGGAGAAACAUUCACUCUGAAGGCCGAUGUCUUCAACUAUCUCAACAGAUGUAUGCAGCCUGAAGGUAUUGAAAAGGAGAUAACACAGGGCUCCUUUAUUUGCACACAUGGAUCCAGAGUGUCUCAACCAGUAGUGCUAACUUCACCAGAAAAUCUUGUGAAAGAUUCAGAUAGAGCUUAUUGGUCUGUCCUUGGAGACAUUCUUGGUUCUGCCAUGCAAAACCUGCAGAAUCUUCUCCAAAUGCCUUUUGGUUGUGGAGAACAGAAUAUGGCCUUAUUCACUCCCAAUAUUUACAUCUUGGACUAUCUGAAUCAGACUCAACAAGUGACAGAAGAGAUAAGAUCCAAGGCUAUUGGAUACCUGGCCACAGGAUAUCAGAGGCAGCUGUCUUAUAAACACUCAGAUGGAUCAUAUAGCACCUUUGGACAUAAAGAUGAAGAUGGAAACACAUGGCUCACUGCAUUCGUUUACAAGUCAUUUGCACAGGCUAAACGUCACAUUUAUAUCGAUGAUGAAGUUCAGUCCCAAACCCUUAUUUGGCUCUUAAAUAGUCAGAAAUCAGAUGGCUGCUUCCUCAAUUCUGGCAAAGACUUCAACAAUGCUUUGAAGGGAGAAGAUACUGAAAUCUCUCUCACUGCAUAUGUUAUCAAUGCACUGCUUGAAGCGGGCCACCCCACCUCGUUUGUGGCAAUUCAAAAGGGUCUCCGGUGCAUAGAUGCUGCAUCUAGAAGAGCUAUGACUACCUAUGACCAGGCUCUCCUGGCCUACAUGUUUAGUUUAGCAGGCUAUGAAGACAAAAUGGAAUUCUUCUUCAAUGAGCUGAGCAAAAAAGCAAAGAAAGUAGGUGGCUCAGUGUACUGGGAACUGGAAGAGCGGUUUUCUACAGAAGGAUCAUCCUCUUUCUACCACCCUUGGGCUUCCUCUGCAGACAUAGAGGUGACCUGUUACGGCCUGUUGGCUGUUCUUUCCAAGCCACGUCUGACUUCAGAAGACCUGUCCUAUGCUUCUCAGAUUGUGCAAUGGGUGGCAAAGCAGCAAAAUUCCUAUGGAGGUUUCUCCUCUACAAAGGAUACAGUUGUGGCCCUCCAAGCCCUGACUUUGUUCCAAAGGCUCACUUUCUCUAAGAACAGACAAAAUUCAGUGCAAAUCUUCUCUGACCAAGCAUUCAAUGUGGACUUCCAAGUCAACGAUGAGAGCCGUUUGCUGCUACAGCAAAUCCCAUUGCCAACAACUAAGGGAAACUACAUGGUGGAAGUGAGUGGCAAUGGCUGCGUAUAUGUGCAGACAACUCUGAGAUAUAACAUCCUGCUCCCCAAGAAGUCAUCUGGGUUUUCCCUUUCUGUGAAUUCAGCCAACGCUUUCUGCAAAGGAUUAUUUGAUAUGCACUUUGACCUUGUUAUUUCAGCCAGUUAUCAUGGAAGACGCAACUCUUCCAACAUGGCAAUCAUUGAUGUGAAGAUGCUUUCGGGAUUUGUACCUGAUAAAUCAUCAGUUCAGAAGCUUCAGAAAGAUGGCAAAGUACAAAAAGUAGAAAUCAAAACCACCCAUGUCUUUUUCUAUCUGGAGAAUGUUACUCAAAAGGAAAUUCAGUUCUCUUUCUCUGUUGAACAAGACGCUCCUGUGUCCAACGUCAAGCCCGCGUCUGUUCAGCUCUAUGAUUACUAUGAAACUGAUGAAUUUGCACUUGCAGAAUACACCACACCGUGCGGUCAGAUGUCUUUUGAAACCUCCUCAUUCUAGGAUAAGAAAAAUAAGAUGGAAAACUAGAACACCCUGAAACUGGGUUAUAUAUUAAGUAAAUACAUCCACUGUUUCAACCAAAGAAAAGCACCUGGAAGAACCUUUAUAAUGCAGCAGUUACUCAAGUUCUCCCACUGACAGCACCCUCCCUCAGGUGCAUUGACACGGACAGCAUUCUUUCUGGAGCAUUCUUUCUGUCCAAGGAGCUUGCCUGGAGUCCUGGUAGCCAGUUUGACUUGUGUGAAUCUUCAGCUGGGAAGUACAGACUUAGUUCCAGGGGCAGAUGUCAACCAGUGAUGACCAGAGACAGUGCACAAAUGCUCCUGCCUCCUGCCUUCAGUCAGAAAAGUCUGGGAGGCAUUCUGAAUGCUUCUGAUGAAGUUCCCUUGAAAGCGAAUUCCCAUAUUCUCAUGGAGCAGCCUCAGUAACAAAUCCUUAAAUUAGCUUUUUUCCCCUCUUGACCUCCUUGAUCUCUCUCUCUCUUCCUGGAAUCACCCCUGAAAUGAAUAAUCUGCACCCACGCUCUUGCCUCAAAAUCUGCUUUCAGGGCAACCCGAGAAAGACAACAUACUGUAUCAAUCCCUAAAUAACUACAGAAAAUAUUUUGCUAGGUAUGAAAUAUUCUAACAUGUUGAUAAUUUAGUCCUGGUAUGUGUUUUUAAAUAAUUUAUCAGAAACUGUAGAAGAACAGAUGUGACAUUGUGAAAAUAUAAGUUUGAUCUCUUCUCAUGGUGUACAGCUCCUA